CCCUACGUUGACUUUAGCAGGAGACAGACACUGUCCGAGAGGAUGGAACAGCCACAGUCGCCGGGAACGAAGUCAGUGGAGAUCGGAGAAACCAUGGAACCACUAUUACGGUUUACACUGCGCUCUCAUUUGGAUGAAACAGUUCCAAGUCUCGACCUUGAACUACCUCGAGAUCUCUGCCUCCAUCUCCUGGAGGAGGAGGAAGAUACAGAUUCAACAGAAAAACCUGCGAGGUACAAGAUUCUAGCAAGGGCUUUGUCUGAGUGUCUUACUUCCGAGGAGAAGAGUUUAUCCGUUGACAAAGGUUCAAACUUUGAAAAGUAUAGCAACUUGUUUCAUGGUUUGGGACAUGACUUGAUGUUGAAGAAGGUAAACUUUGAGCUUCAUGUCCAGGAGCCUUAUUUCACACAGUUGAAAGAUGGUCUCAAAACUACUGAAGGAAGGUGUGCAGUAGGAGACUACAUGAGGAUUAGUUCAGGAGCUUUUAUUUUGUUCAAUAAAUGCUUGCUGCUUGAAGUUCAGCAGGACGUUUGCUAUUAUACUUCAUUCUCAGAAAUGCUGAGAGGUGAAGGUCUUGCAAAAGUUCUUCCUGGAGUUGAGACUAUAGAAGAAGGUGUCGGAGUUUACCGAAACUUUUACCCUGAAGAGAAGGAAAAAAUGAACGGUGUUGUCGCAAUUCGUGUUGUAAAACCAGUUGAUCAGCCGUAUGCAGCUCUGGCAGUAGUAUUGUCUGAACUCAAGUUCACUGGGAUCAAAGGUUUGUUGGAUGACUAUACAGGACGAGUUACAUGUGAAGAUCUUUGAGAGCAGAUAAUCUUACUAUGUGCUAAGUAAAAUGAGUGUGUUUCUAAGAUCUCUUUUUAAACUCUGACAGUGUCAAAUAAAUUUUGAGACUGAAGAAGAUACAUUGUUGAAACAGAGACAUUGUAUAAUAAUCACAUUACAAAAAAAAAACUCCAGAAGGAAAGAAAGCUUGUUUAUUUAUUUUUAUGAAAAGAAUCUAUUCGGCCCU